AUGUCGCUUUUAUCCAAGGUCACCCGUUGCAUGAAAACUAUUGCUCCUUUAGAGCUUGCCGAAACUUCGUGGGAUAAUGUUGGUGUUUUAGUCGAGCCUCCUUUUCCUUGUCCCAAGCAAAGUAAAGUCUUACUAACCAUUGACUUAACUCACAAAGUACUUGAGGAAGCUCUUUCUGACCCUAAGAUUGGUACAAUUGUGUCAUAUCAUCCACCUAUUUUUAGCUCCAUGAAACGUCUUACUUCAGCAGACGUCAAACAAGAUAUUAUCUUGAAAGCCAUUGCACGUGGUGUGGGUAUUUAUUCACCUCACACAGCGUGUGAUAAUUGCGUAAAUGGAGUCAAUGACUGGUUAGCCAGUGGUCUUGGUCAAGGCUCUUCAGAAGCCAUCACUCCCUCUGUCAAUCCACCCGUCGGCCAGGAACAAUCGGGUUCCGGUCGUAUUUUUAGAUUCACGAGUCCUACAGAGUUAAUGACCGUCGUAGAACGUGUCAAGAAAUUAACCGGUUUACGUCAUUUGCGUUUGGCAACCGCUGAAAACAACACACUGGUUUCAUCCGUGGCUAUUUGUGCUGGCUCAGGAUCUUCUGUCUUGGGCCCUGUGACUGCCGAUGUGUAUCUCACAGGAGAAAUGGGACAUCAUGAUGUUUUGGCUGCUUUGGCCAAGAAUACCAGCGUCAUCUUAUGCGAACAUACCAAUACAGAGCGUGGCUAUCUCUCUGCCGUGCUUCAACCUGCUUUAUCUAAGGCAUUGGAAAAUGACACUUCAGAAGAGGGUGAACCUAUCCAAGUCCUCGUAUCCAAGUUUGAUAAAGAUCCUCUUGUCAUUAUUUAA